AAGGAGCAGAUCGUUGUCUCUGUGACUGCAAGAAGAUUAAAAAGAUUGCAAAAAACUGGACAAAUUCGCUUGAACGCACUGGAAAACGAAGUUUAGAAAAACGUUGGGUAGGAAAAGAUGGAUUCUUUAUCCAAUAAUGGGAAUUUGCAAGGUCAAGCCUAGUGGGUUUGAGUCAGUUGAUGAGUUUGAGAAAUGGGUUCAAGCCAGUGGCAUUAGGGUUCACCCUAACGUGUGUGUUGAUGAGAGUUCAUUAGGUGGGUUUGGUUUAUUUUUCGAUACGAAGGAUAUUGAAAAACAGCAAGACGAAAUUGUGGACUUGGUGAGGAUUCCCAGUAGUUCAUUAUACAGUUAUGAGUCGUUAUUAGAGAAAAUGGCAAAACUCAGAAAGACCGAUGUAAAGUCGUCAAGCAUCUUGAGCAGAAUCUUAGAAAGGUGUCCAGUGAAGAGUGAAACCGAGAUUAUUCUUUGCUAUAUUACCGGAUUUCAUUUGAUUAAGCAAUCGGGAUCAGCUUUAGCAGAUCCCGAUUUACAGAACCUCUUACAGUAUCUUGAGGUGUUGAAAAGCACUGAAGUUCUAUGUAUUCCGGACAAUUUCGACGAUCACGGAGAAGAGUCUUUACGAACCAUGAAAUUGAUUAGGACGAAUUUCGAAGAGCUAUACAAAGAAAUCUCGAGCGUGAUGAAGGAUUUUGAAUCCAAAUUGCCCUUUGACUUAUUUUACCAAUAUGCCCAAGCGAUCAGAUCGAGGGUUUUGGAAAUUCCAAAAGAAAUCAAUAAGGACGAAGAAGACUUCACAACCGAUACCACCUUGGUACCGUUUUUGGACUUUGCCAACCAUGAAGCCAAGCCGAAUUCGUAUUUCGAUGUGGACAGACACAACGGAGAUGUCAUAUUGAAGUUGGACCUCAAUGAGGUGAAAGAAGAUGCGUUUGAAAUCACCAUUUGCUAUCAUCUGGAUAACUCGGUAAACAGUUUUUUAAACUGUUAUGGAUUCGUUCCUGAUAAUGAAGAAAAUCAGAUUUUCCCACUCUCAUUGUCACCAUACGUCAAUGAGCUUUUGAACAAAAUGAAAAACACUACAAAUGAGCCUUACGAUUUGAUUUCCAAAUGGAUGUUUAUCGAUUUGAGCAUCAAUUUGAUUAGAACCAACAAUCAAGUCACCAUCGACUUUGCUUCGUCCAGAUUACCUUAUUUGCUCAUAGAUGGAUUAAACUACUACAAAGAAUGGUCCGAGGAAACGGAUGAUAUAGCGCAAUUUGAACAAACCGCCGAAGCAAGCGUGGAUGAAAUCAUUACAAACUUGAAAAAUCAAGAAAAGAACAAUAAAUUCGUCUACUCCGAAGAAUGCUUGGGAGUCACCUACUUGAAAGAGCAGUACGUCGAUCCCAGCCUGAUACUAGAACAGACCGGUAACGACAACGAACAGAGCUUGAAAAAACUCACUGCACUGGCUGUCGAACUCAUACUAGAAGCUUCUAAGCUCAAAUUGCUGCAACUUGAGCAAGUCAAGGCUGACUCUGGGAUUAUUCAGCACUACUUCCAAGUAGAGCUGCGAGUCCUUACCCUCUUAUUGGACCAAAACAACCAGAAGCUUCUCGAAGAUGCCAUGACCUCGCUCUGCCUAUCUGACUAACUGCUUGUCUGCUAACCUAACUAACUUACUAAGGUCAUCGGUUGCAAAUUUGUAAUCUCUGGUAAUACACCGGUACACCCGUCUGCCAUCGAGUCUAGCCAUAGUAAAUAAAUUACGUAAUUUGAAUGGACGCACUACUCUC